CAGACUCCAGCGUGUGAAUGACCGGCCUCAGAGGAGGAGGUGCCAUUUACAGCUGGAGGCAGAGGGAGGGGGACCCGUCCCGCCCUUCUAGGACAAGACAUGAGAGUGGGAGCCGAGUCCGGGCGCCUUAUUACACACUGUGACACCGUGGAGAUACAGGGCAGGGCAGUGGGGCACCGCCACCACUCACAUGGGGAGAACAUCACUCAGCAACACGGGCCAUGACUGAUCCCCGCACAGGACUCCCAGUGGGAACUCCAUGACAGGGUGCUGGAGGGAUGCCAGGAAAGUUACUUUUUAUAUCAACUCAGCAGCUCCUCUGACUACAUACAGAUCCCUGGAUACAGAGCAUGCAUUGAGAGCAGGCUACUUUCUUUACUGAUUACAUACCGAUCCAUAGAGCCUGCAUUGAGAUCAGACUGUAUUCUGUACUGAUUACAUACAGAUCUGUAGAGACUGCACUGAGAGCAGACUACAUUCUGUACUUACUACAUACAGAGCCUGCAUUGAGAUCAGACUAUUUUAUUUACUGAUUACAUACCGAUGCAUAGAGCCUGCAUUGAGAUCAGACUACUAUCUGUACUGAUUAUAUACAGAUCCAUAGAGCCUGCAUUGAGAUCAGACUGUAUUCUGUACUGAUUACAUACCGAUCCAUAGAGCUUGCAUUGAGAUCAGACUGUAUUCUGUACUGAUUACAUACAGAUCUGUAGAGACUGCAUUGAGAUCAGACUACUUUCUGUACUGAUGAUAUACAGAUCGGAUCCAUAGAGCCUGCAUUGAGAUCAGACUACUAUCUGUACUGAUUAUAGACAUAUCUCAUCCAUAGAGCCUGCAUUGAGAUCAGACUGUAUUCUGUACUGACUACAUACAGAUCCAUAGAGCCUGCAUUGAGAUCAGACUGUAUUCUGCACUGAUUACAUACAGAUCUGUAGAGACUGCAUUGAGAGCAGACUACAUUCUGUACUGAGUACUGACUACAUACAGAUCCACAGAGCCUGCAUUGAGAGCAGAGUACAAAUCUGUACUGAUUACUUACAGAUCCAUAGAGCAUGCAUUGAGAUCAGACUACUAUCUGUACUGAAUACAUACAGAUCCCUGGACACAGAGCCUGCAUUGAGAGAGCAGACUACAAAUCUGUACUGAUUACAUACCGAUCCAUAGAUAUAGAGUCUGCAUUGAAAUCAGACUGUAUUCCAUACUGAUUACAUAUAGAUUCAUAAAGUCUGCAUUGAGAUCAGACUACUUUUUGUACUGAUUACAUACAGAUCCAUAGAAUCUGCAUUGAGAUCAGACUCUGUACUGAUUACAUACACACAGAUCCAUAGAGCCUGCAUUGAGAUUAUACUGUAUUCUGUACUGAUUACAUACAGAUCCAUAGAGCCUGCAUUGAGAUCAGACUAUAUUCUGUACUGAUUACAUAUAGAUCUAUAGAGCAUGCAUUGAGAUCAGACUACUUUCUUUACUGAUUACAUACAGAUCCAUAGAGCCUGCAUUGAGAUCAGACUAUAUUCUGUACUGAUUACAUAUAGAUCUAUAGAGCCUGCAUUGAGAUCAGACUAUAUUCUGUACUGAUUACAUAUAGAUCUAUAGAGCCUGCAUUGAGAUCAGACUAUAUUCUGUACUGAUUACAUAUAGAUCUAUAGAGCAUGCAUUGAGAUCAGACUAUAUUCUGUACUGAUUACAUACAGAUCCAUAGAGCAUGCACUAAAAUCUGAAUAUAUUCUCUACUGAUUACAUACAGAUCCAUAGACAUAUAACUUGUAUAUAGCCUCAGACUAUAUUCUACACUGAUCAGUAAACGUCCACUGACUCUACAGCUGCUGCAGGUGACAUCUCUCACAUGACUCUCUAGAAUCUAUUGGAGGAGCUGCUCUUCUGUUUAUUCUGUGACAUGCAGGACAGAUGAGAUGAGCCCUGUGUCCUGCUUUACCCUUUUAUAUAGUGUGGAUUCAAUCUAAGGGGUUGAUCAGAGAACUCCCCCCCCCCCCUCUCCAACCCCCAGUGACUAUACAGAGUCCUGUCCAAUGUGGGGAGGGACAGAAGCAGCACCUGUCAGUAUGGAAAGCAAUGGGCUCUAUGCUUCACCGCAGGCACCUGCAGAGAUGGGGGUUUGCAGCCAGGCUGGAUCAGGGGGGGGAAGUUCAGUGUACCCCAUCAUCGGGGAUGCCGGGGGUCAAUUCUGCCCCUGAACCCCCAGGAGGAGGAGAGGGAUCCCAAUGGAUCAGCAAGCAAAGAUCGCUGAGAGUGGUGUAUGUCUUGAUUGACAGCAUGAAGUCAGCCAUGGGGGGCAGCCCUGAAUCUGGAGCCCUGCAAUGUCUGCACCGAGCCUGUGAGAGCGAGGGGGCGCAGCUGACCAGUGUGAACUUUGGGGAGCUGGAUUUCGGGGAGACGGAGGUGCUGGACACCUUCUACGAUGCAGAUGUUGCUGUGGUGGACAUGAGCGAUGUAGGAAGACAACCCUCUCUUUUUUACCAUCUUGGAGUUCGAGAAAGUUUUGACAUGGCAAAUAACGUUAUUAUUUAUCAUGAUACAGAUCCUGAUACAUCAUUAUCCCUCAAGGAUAUGGUGGCCCAGAAGAACACUGCCUCUAGCGGUAACUAUUACUUCAUUUCAUACAUCGUGACUCCCUGCGGAGACUACUUUUGCUGUGAGAGUGAUGCCCAGCGGAGAGCCUCAGAGUACAUGCAACCAAACUGGGACAACAUUUUAGGACCAUUAUGCGCCCCUCUGAUUGACAAAUUUAUUAGUCUGCUGAAAGACAUACAUGUCACUUCAUGUGCAUACUACAAGGAAACGCUGCUGAAUGACAUCAGAAAAGCCAGAGAAAAGUACCAAGGAGAUGAACUUGCUAAAGAGCUGACCCGUAUAAAAUUACGAAUGGAUAACACAGAAGUGCUGACUUCAGAUAUUGUAAUCAACCUGCUCCUCUCAUACCGAGACAUCCAGGAUUAUGAUGCCAUGGUCAGACUUGUGGAAACACUAGAAAUGCUGCCAACCUGUGACUUGGCAGAUCAGCAUAAUAUAAAGUUUCAUUAUGCCUUUGCUCUCAAUCGAAGAAAUAACACAGGGGAUCGGGAAAAGGCUCUUAAUGUGAUGCUUCAAGUGCUACAGACAUGUGAUCAUCCAGCCCCUGACAUGUUCUGCUUGUGUGGACGGAUAUACAAGGACAUGUUUCUGGGUUCUGACUGUAAAGAUACAAAGAGCAGAGACAGUGCCAUUGAAUGGUAUCGCAAAGGUUUUGAGCUCCAGCCAUCCUUGUAUUCUGGAAUUAAUCUCGCUGUUUUACUUAUUGUCGCCGGACAGCAGUUUGAAACAUCUAUAGAACUACGGAAAAUAGGUGUUCGCUUGAAUAGUCUUUUGGGAAGAAAGGGCAGUUUAGAAAAAAUGAACAACUACUGGGACGUAGGUCAAUUCUUCAAUGUGAGCAUGCUGGCCAGCGACAUCGGAAAAGCUGUACAGGCAGCCGAACGUCUUUUUAAGCUGAAACCUCCAGUCUGGUACCUAAGAUCCGUGGUACAAAAUCUCCUUCUGAUACAGCGAUUCAAGAAGCUCAACACGGAACAUUCCCCACGGCAAGACAGGCUGAAUUUCUGGAUGGACAUAAUUGUGGAGGCAACAAAAGAGUCUACAAAUGGACUCAGAUUUCCGGUUCUUGUCUUGGAGCCUACAAAGGUUUAUCAGCCCUCAUAUGUAUCUAUAAACAAGGAGGCUGAUGAGAGAACCGUUUCAUUAUGGCAUGUGUCCCCUGUGGAAAUGAAAGGGAUUCAUGAGUGGAACUUCACUGCUUCUUCUAUAAGGGGUAUAAGCAUAUCAAAGUUUGAUGAACGUUGCUGCUUUCUUUAUGUUCAUGACAAUUCAGACGAUUUUCAGAUAUACUUUUCCACUGAGGAUCAGUGUAAUAGGUUUUGUAGUCUUGUUAAAGAGAUCAUCACGGAUGUUGUAGGCAGCACUGUAGAGUUGGAGGGUGAGGCAGAUGGAGAUACAUUAGAGUAUGAAUAUGACUAUGAUGAAAAUGGCGAUCGAGUAAUCCUUGGCCGAGGUACUUAUGGAGUAGUAUAUGCAGGCAGAGAUCUCAGCAAUCAAGUCCGUAUAGCAAUCAAAGAGAUUCCAGAGAGAGACAGUAGAUAUUCUCAACCACUUCAUGAAGAGAUUGCGCUUCACAAAUAUUUGAAACACCGCAAUAUUGUUCAGUAUCUUGGCUCUGUUUCUGAAGAUGGGUACAUCAAAAUAUUUAUGGAACAGGUUCCAGGAGGUAGUCUUUCAGUUCUCCUGAGAUCUAAAUGGGGUCCUAUGAAGGAACCAACCAUUAAGUUUUACACUAAGCAGGUCUUAGAAGGUUUAAAGUAUCUACACGAGAAUCAAAUUGUACAUCGAGAUAUAAAGGGUGAUAAUGUGCUUGUAAACACAUACAGUGGAGUGGUAAAAAUAUCGGAUUUUGGUACAUCUAAGCGACUUGCUGGAGUAAACCCAUGUACUGAGACUUUUACUGGCACAUUACAAUACAUGGCACCGGAGAUUAUAGAUAAAGGACCCAGAGGAUAUGGAGCACCUGCCGAUAUUUGGUCUCUUGGCUGUACAAUUAUUGAAAUGGCAACUGGAAGGCCCCCAUUUCAUGAGCUGGGGGAACCCCAAGCUGCAAUGUUUAAGGUCGGCAUGUUUAAAAUCCACCCAGAGAUCCCAGAAUCCCUUUCUGCAGAAGCCAGAGCCUUCAUAUUGCUUUGUUUUGAGCCUGAUCCAACGAAGCGUGCAACGGUUGCAGACUUGCUCAGAGACUUCUUCCUCAAGCAAGCUAAUAAAGGCAAGAAAAAUAAAAUAGCAUACAAGCCCUCAGAUUACAACCGCAGCGCAUCUCUACCAAUACCAGUGCCGGGGGAGCUGGCAGGCAGCAGCAGCAGUGAACAUGGAUCGGUGUCACCAGACUCUGAUGCAAAGCAUGAAUUAUUAUUUGAAAAGGCAAAAAGAUCCAUUUCUGAAAAUGCUUCUAGCAAAGCUCAAGUUACCACUUUACUAAGUGUACCAGAUGAUGGUUCAUUGUCAGAAGACAGAAGUACCCCUCCAUCUCCAGAUGAGAGGGACUCUGGAUUGUUCCUUCUGAGAAAAGACAGUGAACGCCGUGCUAUACUUUAUAAAAUCCUUAAGGAAGAGCAGAAUACAGUUUCAUCAAAUCUGCAGGAAUGUCUCAAGCAGAGCUCAGAAGAUGUGCAACUUUCAGUCACUCACAUCAAGCAGAUUAUCAAUAUUCUGAGAGACUUCAUGCGCUCCCCAGAGCAUAGGGUCAUGGCCUCCACAAUCUCCAAACUAAAAGUGGACUUGGACUUUGACAGCACAUCUAUAAAUCAAAUCCAGCUGGUCUUGUUUGGGUUUCAAGAUGCAGUCAAUAAAGUCUUAAGGAAUCACCUCAUCCGGCCACACUGGAUGUUUGCUAUGGAUAAUAUCAUUCGUCGAGCAGUGCAGGCAGCUGUCACUAUUCUCAUUCCUGAGCUCAGAACACAUUUGGGGCCAGCGUCAGAGAGUGAAGUGGACAAAGAAGUAGAAGAUGAAGAUUACCAACCAGUACAACAGAACAACUCAGAGGAAGUUGUCCAGACAUCAGGGGUCAGCACCAUGAGCUCAGUGGUUUCACAAGACACCCAAAGCCAGCAGCUAAACCUACAGCUUGGGAAACUCCGACAAGAGACCAACAGGUUAUUAGAAGACCUGGUACAGAAGGAACGGGAAUACCAGUUUCUGUUAAAACAGUGUUUGGAACAGAGAAGUCAUGACCUGCAUUUACUCCAGAUAAAAUCAAGCAUGGAUAACCCGAGAUCUGCAUCUUUUGUGUCAAUUGGCAUUAACAAAGACCAAGAAUUGGUGGAAUGGCUGAAACAGCAGGGUGCAGCAGAGGAUGUGAUUGAGCAGUUUGCGGAAGAAGACUACACGCUUCAUGAUGUUCUGCAUGAUGUCACCAAAGAAGACCUGAAGACUCUUAGACUCAGGGGUGGAUCGCUGUGCCGCUUAUGGAAAGCUAUCUCCAAAUACAGAAAACCGAAUAAAAUUGAAGUCAAUUAUUAACCCUAUAAAUACUUUGAUACAAUCAGAUAUGUAAACUGUACAUUAUAGAGAGAGAAAACAUUCCAAUGUUUAAGUUAUUUAUCUUUUGUAUAUCACUGUAUAGCUGUUCCUCCUCUAUGAGUGUUUUCUUACAUGUAGAUGUAUUUAAAAUCUUUGUACUGUAACUUGUAUACAAAAUAGGACGUUUCUUGUCAUUGCGCUGACGAAAAGACCGUUUUAUGUUUGUCUUUAUGGAUUUUGUAAAGAGGUUUUUGUAAUAGAAUGUAAAAUGUGUGGCUAUGAUUUAAUAUGGAUUGAUGUGUGUGAACUGGGGUGUACGACUGCAGUCUUUGGGGCUAUCAGAUGUUUGGCAAUGUCAGUUCAUUUUCUUUAGGCCUGGUUCACACUAGCGUGACUUGGGUCGCACAGAAUCGCAUGACAAGGGAAAUCUCAUUGUUUUCAGAGGUGCCCAUUCUAAUCUAUGUGACUCAGAAAGGUGCAAUUUUCUUAAAUGUUCCUUCACUACUUUGGUACAAUUUACAAUGUGACUUGGCCCCAUAGCAUAUGCAAAGUUGCACCACAUAAUCACACUAUAAAUCACAUUAAAGUCUCAUCUCAGUAGUG